GGGGCCGCGCCGUGGCGAAAGUGCGGAGCUGAACGCGCAGGCGCUGUGCGCGCCGCCCCGGCCCGGGGGGAACAAAGGCAGCGCGGCCGCCGCGGCGAAAGUACAAAUAUAAUGUCAGGUGGCUGAAAAUUUGCCUAUCAAAAUGUCAAAAAGGCCAUCUUAUGCCCCACCUCCUACCCCAGCUCCUGCAACCCAAAUGCCCAGCACACCAGGGUUUGUGGGAUACAAUCCAUACAGCCAUCUGGCCUACAACAACUACAGGCUGGGAGGGAACCCGGGCACCAACAGCCGGGUCACGGCUUCCUCUGGUAUUACCAUCCCAAAGCCCCCCAAACCCCCAGACAAGCCGCUGAUGCCCUACAUGAGGUACAGCCGGAAGGUCUGGGACCAAGUGAAGGCGUCCAAUCCUGAUUUGAAGUUAUGGGAAAUUGGCAAGAUUAUUGGAGGAAUGUGGCGAGAUCUCACUGAUGAAGAGAAGCAAGAGUAUUUGAAUGAAUAUGAAGCUGAAAAGAUAGAGUACAAUGAGUCCAUGAAGGCCUACCAUAACUCCCCUGCGUACCUCGCCUACAUCAACGCAAAAAGUCGUGCUGAGGCUGCGCUGGAGGAAGAAAGCCGACAGAGGCAGUCGCGCAUGGAGAAAGGUGAACCAUACAUGAGCAUACAGCCAGCAGAGGAUCCCGAUGAUUACGACGAUGGUUUUUCCAUGAAGCACACAGCCACAGCUCGUUUCCAAAGAAAUCAUCGUCUCAUCAGUGAGAUACUGAGCGAAAGCGUGGUGCCUGAUGUCCGCUCUGUUGUCACUACAGCCAGGAUGCAAGUUCUUAAGCGCCAGGUUCAAUCUUUAAUGGUUCAUCAGCGUAAACUAGAAGCUGAGCUUCUGCAAAUUGAAGAGCGUCACCAGGAAAAGAAGAGGAAGUUUUUGGAAAGCACAGAAUCCUUUAACAAUGAGCUUAAAAGGUUAUGCAGUUUGAAGGUAGAAGUGGAUAUGGAAAAAAUUGCAGCUGAAAUUGCUCAAGCUGAGGAACAGGCUCGCAAGAGGCAGGAGGAACGGGAGAAAGAAGCAGCUGAGCAAGCUGAACGCAGUCAGAAUAACAUGGCAGCUGAGGAAGAACAGGCAGCUAACAAGGCAGAGGAGAAGAAAGAAGAGGAGAGUGCUCCGAUGGAGACAGAAGAACCUCACCCAGAAGAGAGCACGGAAAACCAGCAGAAUGGUGAAGAAGGAACAUCCACCCCAGAUGACAAGGAGAGUGGCCAAGAAGGGGUGGAUAGUACUGCGGAGGAGGGAACCAGCGAUAGCAACACUGGUUCAGAGAGCAACAGCGCGACAGUUGAAGAGCCUCCUGCAGACCCCAUCACUGAGGAAAGCGAGAAGAAAGAAUAAAUAUUGACUCAUUUCAUGUGUCUCUCUUUAAUGAAGUACUGGCUUGAUUUCCAGACGUGCUACGCGGCUUUUGUAUCUUCCUUGCCUGUAUCGCUUGUCUCCAAAAGAUACUGGGUUUAUUACUGUGUCAGCUAGCAGCAUAGUGAUGUAAAGAGGCCUUCAUGGGCCAAAGAUUUCUUGCAGCAGACAGAAAAGAAAACCUUAUGUGUCUUAACCACAGCUGUACAGUGUGGAGAGGUGCUAUUGCUUGGAAUUUCUUCCCUAGAAAGAUAGCCUUGGGUUUGGUUUUCAUAUUAGAAAUCAGGCCGUCUUCCUUUCUUAUGGUUACGUGACCGCAGUGAACAUGUGGUCUUUCCCAAAGGCCAUUUUUGUUUGUUUGUGGCUGAAAUGAGAUGCAGAUGCGCAUUGUCUCUGCUGCCCAGUCCCAAUCCGGCUCUACUGUGGGGUGACUGGUAUUCACAACAUCACGUUUGCAGCCAGGAUGCUCGUGCUGUGGUCAUGGAGGCCGAUGGCGCUGCACAGCUGAAACUUGAGGUUAAUGGAGGCUUCUCAAGAGGUUAGAGUGUGGCUGAGGGAUCUUAAAGUUGAUGUUAGUGUUGAGCGGAGGGGGGAUGCCUGAGCUGGGUGUAACUAGAGCAUUUCCUUGCUCUAACAAAACCAAAAAACCCCACAGCAGCCUGCGUGUGUUACCUCUGCACCUUUGAUUCUUUGCCAGCAAGGGUGUCUAUGGCAGCUGCCCAGUCCUUAAAGAAGGCUUUGGGUAUGCAGGAGUUCUUCUCCCUCGGUCUUUGGUUGGGGUUUUGAAGUCAUCUGUUGUAACAACAGGUCUGUAAGCAGUUCUACAGGGCUGAGAACUUGCUCAUGUUCUCCUUACAGCGUUUCAGGAGAUCAUUUCCAAAGGACUGAGUGAAAUCUGGAAGUAAAUGACCUAUCUGAGGGGUUUUUUUUGUGAUGCAAGAUUCCUUUCAAUUACAGCCUUUGCUUUUCUUUCCUAGUUAACUCCUUUAUUUGCCUCUAAGGUACCCUGGGGUGACCUCAGCUGGAUAAAUGGCAAAUUACAAAGCAGGAAAGUGUUUAAACACAUUCAUCUUCCCUGAGCAGGCAGUCACUAAUGCGGCACAAAUGGUAAAAAAAAAGUAGUUUUACUUGCCAUGAGCUUUCAAAACCUCUGGGAACUCUGCAAAUGUACUGAAAAUGCCACGUUUUGCCCUGUGUAAGCAUAAGCCCAACUGAAGAAAAACUACCCUUGAUUGCAAGAGCAGAUACAAGCCGUUCCAUGACUUUAUAAGAGAACACAUGGUGCAUACGCUUCAAUAAAUGAGUAUGUUUUUACGGAAUAGUGGGUAUAUUGGAUGGUAAUGUUUUUAAAUCCUUUUGGUCUUUUUUUUUAAGAAAACAGUCUGAAUAUAAUAA